AUGUGUUUGCUUAACCUACCGACGGAACUGCUUUUAUUGCUCCCAACAUUCCUCGAGACCCAAAGAGAUAUCAACUCGUUGUCUCGAACCUGCGCCCAACUAUAUCUUCUCCUAAACCCGUGGCUGUAUCAAUACAACUCCCGAUACUGCGCUAGCUCCUCGCUAUUAUGGGCUGCCAAAACAGGGAACGAGGCAACGGCUCGAUUUUCUAUCCAAGAAGGAGGUGACGUUGGUAUGGUAGAUGAUAUUGGCCGGACACCGCUAUGUUGGGCUGCGCGAAGGGGACACGAAGCUGUCGUGAAACUAUUGCUUGAGACAGGGAAAGUCGAUGUGGAUUCUAGGGACACCGAAGGUCGGACGAUCCUAUUCUGGGCUGCGGCAAAUGGACACGAGGCAAUUGUGAAGCUAUUGAUCCAGAGCGGGUUAGUAGACAUAAGCUCACAGGAUACUGUGGGGUGGACAGUCUUGUUCUGGCCUGCAGCAAAUGGACAUGAGGCCGUGGUUGAGUUGAUACUUGCCACGGGGAAGGUGGAUGUGAACUCCAAAGACACGGAGGGUAGGACGGCGCUAUAUAUGGCCGCAGCUAGAGGGAAAGAGGCAGUGGUGAGGCUGUUGGUUGAAGAGAAGAAGGUGAAUUUGGACUCAAAAGACUCUCAAGGCCGGCCGCUGUCAUACUGGCCUGCUGUAAAUGGCUACAAGGCUGUGGCAAAAAUCUUGCGCGAGGCUGGAGACGUGAAUGUGGACACUACUUUAACUUCAUUCUGA